GCUAAGACCCUUGGCUGGAUUGAGAAGUAUGAAUUUGAAAUCGCCCUUUCGACUCAGCACAGGCAGGCUCCAACUAACGAGCACAGUGUUAUUUUGCAGAAGAUACUCCUUAAUCUCCAGAAUACCAUACAGAUGAUGUUAGCUGAGCAACAAAGACCAUUAACAGGAUCAUUUACUUCUGAAGUACCACCAAGUGAAGGCAAAGAGCUGACUAGUUAUCAUCCAUCAACAUCAGAUGAGAUAAUGUGUUACGCACCAGAUAGAGUUUACAGAAGUGACAAAAAGGCUGACAGUGAACACAUCAUAGCAUCAGGACAAGAGCCUGAAGACAAGGUGACAGAGUGUCUCCCUCAGCAACUGCCAACAACAAAAGAGGCAGAAGCUGCUAAUGUGCUCAUGAAUCUCUCAGGCAAAGCUGCGGACCGUGUGGGACACACUAGGCUAGAGGGCUGUACAAUUCUUCAUCAAGAAAUUAUCAGUUCUGAUGCUACAAAGCCAACCCUGUAUGUGGUGCCCUCAGGAAUAUCAAACUCAAAUGUUAAAAGGGAAUAUCCUGUCUGUGAUGAGGUACCACAAAUUAAUGAGAAAGACCUAUUACCUCUAGCAACACAGGUUUUGUGCCAGUUCUGCUCACAACAAUGUGAAGACUUGGUGGAACUGCAUGAACAUGUUUUAGCCAUGCAUAACAUGUGUGAGACUGAGCCACCAUUCAUGACUUCUUACAAGAAAUUAAAGAAUCAAAACCAGGAUGAAGAUGUGGAAAGCACAUCUCCAGGUGAAGGACGGCGACACAAAGAGAGCAAGAAUAAGAAUUAUGAACAAGAAUCUCAUAGCCUUGAUGAGCUUUUAGUUCCAGUGACUAGUUCAGGUGGCAUAUUAAGACAUGAAAGUGAGAAAAGAAAAUUCAUAGAUGACAAGAAGGCAAAGAAGAAACCACGAUCCAGAAAAGGGAAUCAGAACGCAGAAGGCAAAAGUGCAAGCUUGGAACUGUGCAACAAAAUAUCUCAUACUGAAGGGCAAGAUAGUUACAGCAAAAAUGUUUGGAAUAAAAGUAAUGACAGUAGACAAGAGCUUAUCCAUGAUAUAAAUAUGUCUGUGAUUGAUAAUAUUCCAAAGCAGUAUUCUCCAUUAACAACAGGUCAAGUCCAUUUAGAAGAUAAAGAAAAGAGUGUGCAGAUGCAUCAGCCCACAGAAAUGCCAGUAUCCCAAGUCAAAGGUGAUGCCUUGGCAAUAGCAAUUGAGUCCUCAAAGAUAAGAGUCAUAGAAGCCAAAGUGACCAUAUUUGUUUGUCUGAAAUGCAGUUCAUGUUAUACCAAUGCUCAAGAAUUCAGGAUACAUGUAUGUAGUAGAAUCCAGCCAGUCAUUGAAAGAUGCCCUGAUGGAUCUGUAGUCCUUGUCAAGCAUGUAAACACAGAAGAAAAUCAAGCUCAGCUAUCUGAGGAAGAGGUUUGGUACUUCCCCGAGUUUCUCAUUCGACAACAGAAGGGCGACAAAAAGCAGACAGGAGAUUUAGAGAUAGUCGACACAUUAUCUGGGCACAGGCUUCAGCUUUAUACAGCAUAUCAGCCAUCCUAUCUUAGUGAACAGCUGAUAUCCUUCAGGUGCCCUACUUGUGAAAAGGAUAGUGACAGUUUGGGCAAAUUCUUCGACCACUUGACCAAAGGACCUUGUAUGUUCCGAUGCCCCGACUGCAGUCUUGUUUAUGUAACACAAGAUAAACUACAGAAGCAUCGAUCCUCUCUACAUCCUACUUUAGAAGACCGCACAUGCCCUAAUUGUCACGAGGUGUUUGAGAAAAGACACCAGCGUAACAAACACGUAAAGACUCAGUGUUCCCAGUUGCACAUAUGUGAUACAUGCGGCAGUGUUCUCAAGAAUGAAUACAACCUACGAGUGCACAUGCUCUCUCACCAAGACAGAAAACACAUAUGCAGUGAAUGUGGUGCUGCAUUUCACCGUAGAGUGGUGCUCACUCGCCAUAUGAUGCACCACUCAGGUACAAAACCACACGCUUGUCCACAGUGCAAUGCCAGGUUCUACACGAAGCAACACCUUAAGACUCACUUAGACAGACACAGUGGAAUUAAGAGAUUUCCAUGUUCUGUUUGUGAUAAAGCCUACUAUUCUAAACAUGAAAGAAACACACACUUUGCAAAGAUGCAUAACAGAACUCCGUGUGGAGAGAAAGCUUUAGGUGCUAAUGAUCAGAAAAUUGUGAAAUUAACUGAUAUUAGUAGUAUAUCAUUUAUUUGAUUAUAUGCAUAUUUUUAUAAUGAUUACAUAAUAAGUAGACUCUCUGUAAAGAUAUCUCAUCCUGAAUAAAAUUUUCAGUGACAUUAAUAAACAUAUCAAAGUUU